AUGCGUCUCUCCAUAGGUGCCAGCUUUAUGGCGUUCGCGUCAGCGCACGCCUUUUCUGAUUCUUCUCCUUUUGUUUUCCUUUCCACCGCCCAAAUAACAAAGCCCUCGACUGCGUCAACCGCCCAGCUGCAGAGCAGCUCUCAGGUCCUGUCAACCGCCAAGUCGAUGCUUGAGUCGUGCCCGACCGAACGAUACCUGCUCAUCUCGCAGCCGAACGCGCACGCGUCGGACCUGCGCUGCGCCGCCGACCAGCCAGGCUGCCGCAAAGCCCCGAACCUCGUCCGCCAUGCUUCCUCUGAUUCGCCACUCUCGGUUGCCGAAGUUUUCGGAACCCUUUCGUUUGGUGAUUUCGCCGACCACAUCAAGGCUUCAUGUAUGCAACGGGGAAAGACGGCUCGUAUCGUUGAGCAUACUCUCAAUGAGCUGCCGACAUCCAAGGGACCCGCAGAAAGGGCCGCUGCUCUUGAGGAGAAUGACCGGGAGCUUGGUAACAUCCUUGAUACAGCCCACGACGAGGGAGACUACACAGCCAUUUACUUCUCAAAUCCCAACGAUUUUAAGCCUUACGAGUCUGGGUUUGAUGACUCCAUCCACAUGGAGCUGAAGCGCCAGCUUGUCGACACCCCGUUGGUCAAGCCCAGGGCAGCAGGGAAGGGCUCGGACAACUCAACCGGUCACCACGAUGGCCUCUUCCACAGAUAUCAGUUCUUCACUCCCGGUGUCUUCAUGGGGCUGCUUGCAAUGUUCCUGAUGAUGGCCAUUCUGUAUGUUGGCCUCCAAGCGCUUGGCAGUCUUCAGGUUCCUUACGGAGCUUUCGAGAAGGAGAUGGGUCCUGCCGCACAAAGGAAGAACCAAUAA